AGGAAAGGCCGUUAGGAGAUCGCUGGGUUCCUUAUCCGGUUGUUGUUCGUGAGGUUCGCGUCUCCCGCCUGAGGCGCGACUGCGAAAGGGGGGAGUUCGAGCGAUCAAAUCGGCAAAUCAUUUGUUGCCUUCCAUUUGCUUCGCGAAUGGCGACGGUGGCAGCAGCUUCUCUGAUCUCUACUCCACUCCGAUCAUCUUCUCUUCCCAAGAGCUUGUGCUGUCGACGGUGGGGAAGUAUAAGGGGUCCGAAAGAGGGUAUCGGAAUGGCAUGUUCUCUUUUCUUUCCAAAGAAUUGCGGCACCAGGAGGACAGCAAUAUGUGCAGUCAAUCAAGAUGCUGAAAAAUCUUUUAAGAAGACCGUAGAAGUAGACCGUCUUAUUGAUAUGUUGAAAGUUGCAAAUGCUAGGGAACUUGAUCAACUUGUUGUCGAAAAUGUUCUCGCGUUUAACGAGGAUUUUUGGAUCCGCCUUGCUGCUAGAACAGAUACUUGCAAAUCAGAUGAUGACAAAAAGGAUUAUGAAGAAUUAGCUGCAUCUGUAAUGAGCAUAGUUGACCGCCUAGUCCAUAAAACAAAUGAAAGGAUAGAAUCUGCAACUGAUGUUCUUAAGGCAAUUUUGAAUCCUGUAGUGGAUGAUGUUGAAGAGAUAUCGUGGCCACCGAGAAAUCCUGAGGCUCUUACUCUGAUGGAGAAAGAACUAGAGAAGAGAGAACAAGAAGGACAACUGGAUGAAGGAUUUCUCUCAGAGGUUAAUGCCCAAUUACGUCAGGCAAAAGAAGAUGGAGAUAAGCCAGGGCUUGAGGCUAUGCUGCAAAAGGUUUUGCAAAUAUAUGCUUCCAAAGUACUUAGAAAACGUAGCUAUGUAUACAAAGGGGGCAAAGUUUUGGCAGGAGAAAAGUUUCUUGAAACUGUCAUAGAAGCUCCAGAGGACCAUUGGAAUAGGCUAUUGAUCGAAGGACUUAAUAUUGGAAAAGGAGAAGUUGCACCUGAAGAUUUUUAUGCUGUUAUAAAGAAACGUAUUGAGCGGGUCUUAAUACGUACAGAGGGGGGUUCUUACCAACAGCGUGUUCUUGUUGAGUAUCUUAGAGGCAUACAAUCAAGAGCAGAGGAAAUUGUCCAAGCACUUGGAGGGCCACAUCCAUGAAUUCUAGCCUAGCCAUCUGACAAAUCAGCUACCUAUACGUGUGGUAAGAAAGUUUGAUCUUCUUUAGCAAGUCAAAGGAAAUUCAAGUUUGAAAAAAAGGUGAGAAACUUGAAAUCUUCUGCUGUUAUCAAGUCCUAUUUUCUGUGCCCACUCAAAGAAAUCAUCUUUAUUAUUUGACCACUAUAGCUUCUUCUAGCGAUGAGGCAAGAUUCGGGUUCUGCAGAAUAUAGAACUCUUAAACCGGGUGGUAAAAAAGUCUUAAGAGCAAUGAAGAAACGAUGACCCAAGAGGUCGUAUAGCCUACGAGAUGACCACAGUGGUGCGCAUUCAUUUCCUUUCUGACACAUUUCUCUUGUAAGAAUACUAAGGCAGAUAUGAAGUACAAACCUGUAUUUUGUCAUGGUUCUCCA